UCCUUGUUAUAAUGGAGGCACAUGCCAAGCACAUACAGAGUCUGCCACAUUCUUGUGUACAUGUCCUGAUGGAUAUUUACCAAAUCUUUGUCAAUAUCAGGAUCCAUGCGUAUCAAGUCCUUGUCAGAAUUCUGGGACAUGUUCUGUUGUCGAUGAAGGAGCGACAGUUAAUUGCAGUUGCCCUGACCAAUACCUGGGAGAGUUCUGUGAAACCAUCAAUCCCUGCCUGUCGUCCCCAUGUGAAAGUGGUGGAACUUGCUUGGUAGAUGCAUUUGGUGGUUAUAUGUGUGAUUGUCCACCGCAGUAUGUUGGGCAGAAAUGCCAGUACAUUGGUAAAUAA